AUGUCAAGGCGUUACGACUCACGGACCACGAUCUUCUCACCUGAAGGCCGCCUUUACCAGGUUGAGUAUGCUUUGGAAGCAAUCUCUCACGCUGGCACAGCCCUUGGAAUUCUCGCCAAAGAUGGGAUCGUGCUCGCUGCUGAAAGAAAAGUGACAAGCAAGCUCUUGGAACAGGAUACCUCUGCGGAGAAGCUUUACAUCUUGAACGAUAAUAUGAUUUGUGCUGUCGCCGGUAUGAAUGCCGAUGCCAACAUCCUUAUCAACUAUGCUCGACAGGCUGCUCAGCGAUAUCUUUUGACGUACAACGAAGAAAUUCCAUGCGAGCAACUCGUGCGCCGUCUUUGUGAUUUAAAGCAGGGAUACACUCAACACGGUGGUCUACGACCGUUUGGUGUUUCAUUCAUCUAUGCAGGCUAUGAUCCUCUCCGACAAUUCCAAUUAUACCAGAGCAAUCCAAGUGGAAACUACGGGGGUUGGAAGGCGACUAGUGUGGGCGCUAACAAUGCAGCAGCCCAGAGUCUAUUGAAACAAGACUAUAAGGAGGAGUGUGAUCUGAAGGAAGCGUGUGCUCUGGCAGUCAAAGUUCUGAGCAAAACAAUGGACUCGACGAAGCUUAGCAGUGAGAAAAUUGAAUUUGCAACCGUGGGCCAAACGAAGGAUGGAAAGAUCUACCACCACCUUUGGGGCGCUGACGAAAUCAACGCAUUAUUGAAACAACAUGGUCUGGCCAAGGAGGAGGAUCCUGAAACUUGA